UUGUUAAAAAUGCGCAUUUUGAGAGAAGUUCGUGCAGUGUUUUGUGAACAGCUCGAGAAGAAAUUGUUGAAGAAUAUGGUGCAUUUAAGCGUUUUAAAUAAAACCAGAAGGUUGCAAAGGAUGCUGGUGCCCUUGAGUGCUCACAGCUGCAUUCUUGCUUGUAGUGCGAACUCUUCCGAGGUUUUUGCACAAAGAUAUAGUGCAUAUGCGAGCGUUAGGCCACUACUUGCAAGUCCCGCACUCAAUUUUCAUUCGACCUCGUUCCUACACUCAACCAGCAUACACUUAAAAUCUAUCACGCCCGCAAGCGAUAGUGCUAGCUCGGAGUCCAUAGACAAAUUUCGUGAACGCGAAGAGCAACGGGAGCGCGAGUAUGAAGAGAAGAAAGAAUCUGAGGAGGCGCAAGCGGAGGAUGAGGCUAAACGUGCAAAGAUCGAUGCCAUACGCACGCAAAUACUAGAAGCAGCCCUACCACAUGUAACCACUCUCGGUUGGACCCGCAAUGCCAUUGUGAAGGGCGCUGAAGAGGCUGGUUUCCCCAGCGUUGUGCACGGUAUGUUCCCUGACGGCGGCUAUGCUCUUGUAUCAUACUUUUAUGGGAAAUCCAACGAUGAAGUUGUCAAGCGUCUGCAGGAAGAGACACAAAACGGUAAAAUGGCUGUUGGUGAUCCAUUGGAAUUUCUGAUACGUGCUGUACGCAUACGCCUUGAAAUGAUUAUACCGUAUAAAUCGCAAUGGUCGCAGGCAUUAGCGCUGAUGGCGCUGCCACAGAAUGCCGCCACAUCAUUAGCACAAGUUUUGACUUUGGUCGAUGAUAUAUGCUACUAUGCUGGUGAUCGAUCUGUCGAUUUUGGCUGGUAUACGCGUCGCGUUGGCUUGGCAACAAUUAUGAAAAUGACGGAACUCUUUAUGCUGCAGGACAGCUCAGUAGAUCAUGCCAACACCUGGGAAUUCCUGAGGAAUCGAAUGGAUGAGGCUGUACAGGUUCAAACAAUACUCUCUGAAACAGAAGGCAUGACACACAGUUUUACACGUUCCUUUAACUCAGCUUUUAUAACAGCACGAAAUAUUUUGGGCAUAGAUUACAGACGUAGGUAAAGUUUGCGUAUAGGCAAUCGGAUUGUAAAUCGAGAGGCUGGAAGCGAUACAGAGGUUCAAUGUAGACGUAGCACAUUGAAAUAGUUAUAUAUAAUUUAGCUGUUAAAAAAUUGUUUAUUCAUUUUCUUGUUAACAUCAAAGUCAUAAAGCCAGUGAUAAACUGUUCUAUACAUUAAUGUGAAUUUUCUUUUCUUUUUUUAAUUAGCAAUUAAGUAUUAAACUUAGAUUCUACUUUACUCACAUUUAAACGUUAAUGAGCUGAUACCAAAUUAGAACUAAUUGCUGACUUUUUUUUGAAAUUUAAUUUGAUAUUUAAGUAUUUUAUAUGAUUGCUUCGCUGUGUGGUUUGCAACAUACAAUUCACACCUGUAUUGGCGCACACUUAUUUAUAGUGUGAAAUGAAUUUGUAUUAUUGUAUUAUAGAAAAACAAUAUUCGCACUUGCACUGACGACGUCAAAAAAACAUACCCACCUGAUAUUGUGUAAAUUAAAUAUACUUGAAGAUAUAAUGCACAACGCUUAUUGCUUAUUAUUUCCUAAAUGCAGAAAUAUCGAACAAAUUACUACUUACGCAAAUGCAUAAGUAAUGAUUACGACGCCGCAAAGUAUGCUUCAAGAGAUUUUAAGGAAAACGUAUGUGCUUAAAGAAAUAUUUCUAUAUGGUAACUGUAGUUUCGAAUUGAUUAUGUAAAUAUGUAUAUGGUUAAUGAAUGAAGUUUUUUUAAGAAAUAAAGGUAAAAGAAUAAGAAAGGAUG